AUGGAGGAAGCACAUUAUUAUUGCAAUGAAAAGCAAACCAAAGACCUUCCAAAAGUGCUUGUUAUUGGUCCUCCAGGAAACAUGGCAACCCUCAAACCCAAAUACCCUCAAAAGUACAGUUUAUCAAACCCAUGGGAUGCUUCUCUUCCACUGCACAAGUUCAUGGCUGAAAACCACUAUGAACCAACAAUGUUUGAAGCCCUUCUGUGCUGGCCCUUUGGUCCUCCCAUCAAUGCCCAUGUUUUCCAACUUCUCCCUUGUGUGAAGCUUGUUAUCACAACAAGCACUGGAACCGAUCACAUAGACAUCAGUGAGUGCCACUGUCGAGGUAUUCAGGUUGCAAAUGUAGGAACCUUGUACUCAGAAGAUGUAGCAGACAUUGCCGUGGCUUUGCUCAUUGACGUUCUAACAAAACUUUCAGCUGCAGAUCGAUUUGUAAAAACACGUAUGCCAUCUGCCACAUGGCACUUUCCACUUUGUUCUAACUCCAAGCUUGGAGGCAAGCGAGUUGGGAUUGUUGGAUUAGGAAGCAUUGGCAUGAAAGUAGCAAAGAGAUUAGAAGCUUUUGGAUGCAUUAUUUCGUACCUCUCAAGGAAUAAGAAUCCCUUCGUUUCAGAGUAUCCUUUCUAUUCCAACAUGGUCGAGCUUGCAGCUACUAGUGAUGCACUUGUCCUAUGUUGUCCACUAAAUGAGACAACGAGGCAUAUGGUUAACAAAGAAGUAAUGUUGGCAUUAGGAAACAAAGGAGUUAUAGUGAAUGUUGGAAGAGGGUCUCUAAUUGAUGAGAAGGAGUUGGUGAAGUGUCUAAUGGAAGGUCAUAUUGGAGGUGCUGGUUUGGAUGUGUUUGAGAAUGAGCCUAAUGUUCCUCAAGAGCUUUUAGCAAUGGACAAUGUGGUUCUAUCACCACACAAUGCAAGUUUUACUAUUGAAAAUCACAUGGCUACGGCUAAACUUGUGGCAGAGAAUUUAGAAGCCUUCUUGUCCAAUAAGCCCCUAAUCACACCAGUUAGAUUGCAUUGA